GGGCUCCCCCCCCGCGCACUCGCAGCGGCGGCGUGGCUCCCGGCGCGCCAGCCCCGGGGGGAGGGGCGCGCCUGCGGACCGCCCGUCCAGCCAUGGUGGUGCUGAAGCGGCGCUACCUCCUCUUCGAGGUCAUCUUCGACCGGGCGCCGCGGGCCGGUUCCGUCAGCGAGGAGGAGCUGGCGCAGGCCGCACGGAGCGCGCUGGCAGCUGACUGGGGCGCCGCCGGCGAGGCCAGGGCGCAGCUGCGGCUGCUGUGGUGGAGAGCCCCUCGGUGCACCUGGGCAUCUUCCGCUGCUCGCGGGGCUGCGAAGAGCAGCUCGGCGUCUCGCUGGCGCUGGUGCGAGACGUCGGCGCGCGGCCCGCGCAGCUCCGCGUGCACCGCGCGGGCGGCACGCUGCGGGCGGUGCAGGCCGCCGGCGGGGAGCUGCUGCGGCGGUGGCAGCGGCGCGCCGAGGGACGGGCUGGGACGCCGGAGGAGUCG